AUGACACAAUCAGAUUUGAUAGAGGAUCGUAUUUGGAUCGAUGGAUGUUUUGAUUUUUUCCAUCAUGGUCAUGCAAAUGCAAUUUUACAAGCUAAACAAUUAGGUUCAGAAUUAUAUAUUGGUAUUCAUAGUGAUGAAGAAAUUACAUUAAAUAAAGGUCCAACCGUUAUGAAUUUAAAAGAACGUGAAUUUACAAUAGAUUCAAAUAAAUGGACUACCAAAACAAUUAUAAAUGCUCCAUACGUGACACAACCUGAAUGGAUGAAUAAAUAUCAAUGUAAAUAUGUGGUUCAUGGUGAUGAUAUUACUACUGAUAGUGAUGGGAAUGAUUGUUAUGGGAUUGUUAGAGAUGAAGGUAGAUUAAAACUAGUUAAGAGAACUGAAGGUGUUAGUACAACUGAUUUAAUUAAUAGAUUAUUACUACCAACUGAUAAACAUUAUAUUAAAGAUAUUCAAUCAAUGUUGAAAGAAUUUAAAAAUUUGAUUAGAGAUUUUGCAACGGAUAUUGAUGGGAAAACUUUAUAUAAUAAUGUUUGGUACUUGGAUCAAGGUGAUUUAAAAUCAUUAUUUCAAAAAAAAGAUUGGCCAGCAAAUCAAGAAUAUAUUUAUAUUGAAGGUUCUUUUGAUUUAUUUAAUCCUUAUCAUAUAAGUGUCUUGAAAGAAUUAAAAUCUAAAGGUUAUAAGUUAUUAGUUGGUAUUUAUUCUGAUGGGAUUGAAAAUACAAGUAUGGAUUUAAUUCAAAGAUCAUUAUGUGUAUUACAAUCAAAAUUCAUAGAUGAUGUAAUCAUUGGAGUUUCAAUUAAUCAAAAUUUAUCAAAUUUUAAUAUAUUAGAAAAAUAUAAAGUUGAUGAAGGUUUUUCAAAUGAAUUUGAUUAUUUAAAUCAUAGAGGAAUAAGUAAAAGAAUUCAAAAUCAUUAUGAUUUAUAUAUUGAAAGACAACGUAAAAAGGGGGUUAAACAUGAAUUUGAAAAAAAUAUGAGUUAG